AUGUCUUAUUAUCCGGGGCAGCAGUAUCACAACGGCGCUCCCAACUACGGUGCCCCGCCUCCACAGCAGAACUACGGUCCGCCCCAGGGCUACCCGGCACCGACCUAUGGUGCUCCACCUCCACAGCAGUAUGGCGGAUACCAACAUUCGCCCUCGCCACAACCGCCCUACAACGGCGGCUACCAGCAAGGCCCGCCGCCGCAACAGUACGGAUACCAGCAGACCCCACCACCCCAGCAGUAUGGAGGCUAUGGAGCACCACCUCCACAGCAGCAUCAGCAACAAACGUAUCAGCCGCCGCCACCUCAAAUGCAGCAGCAGCGCAUCGGCGGCCCACCCCCUCCACCAACAACGCCUCAAACCUUCGGCCACAAUGCCCCCGGCGGCUAUACGUACCAGUAUUCGGCUUGUAAUGGACGUCGGAAAGCGCUGCUCGUUGGUAUCAACUACUUUGGCCAGCGCGGGCAGCUGCGGGGCUGCAUCAACGACGUGAAGAACAUGAGCACAUACUUGAACAGCCACUUCAAUUAUAAGCGGGAAGACAUGGUCCUCCUGACCGACGACCAGCAGAAUCCCAUGAGCCAGCCUACCAAAGCCAACAUCUUGCGGGCAAUGCACUGGCUAAUCAAGGACGCUCGCCCGAACGAUUCGCUGUUUUUCCACUACUCAGGACAUGGCGGCCAGACGAAGGAUCUUGAUGGUGACGAAGACGAUGGUUACGACGAGGUCAUAUAUCCUGUUGAUUUCCGAACUGCGGGCCACAUCGUUGACGACGAGAUGCACCGUAUAAUGGUCAGCCCCCUGCAGCCAGGUGUGCGGUUGACGGCCAUCUUCGACUCCUGCCACUCUGGAUCUGCGCUCGACCUGCCGUACAUCUACUCCACUUCUGGUGUGGUCAAGGAGCCGAAUCUGGCCAAGGAAGCUGGCCAAGGAUUGCUGGGUAUUAUGUCUUCAUAUGCUCGCAACGAUAUUGGCGGCAUGAUGUCGACGGCUAGCAGUCUGUUCAAGAAGGUUACCACCGGCGACAAGGUGAGGGAGAAGAAUUUGAGGACGAAAACGAGCCCGGCAGAUGUUAUCAUGUGGAGUGGCUCGAAAGAUACACAGACAUCCGCUGAUGCGUCUAUCGCGGGCGAGGCCACCGGUGCCAUGUCCUGGGCUUUCGUCACUUCGCUGAAGAAGAAUCCGAACCAGAGCUAUGUGCAAUUGCUGAACAGCAUCCGCGAUGAGCUCCAGCAAAAGUACAGUCAGAAGCCGCAAUUAAGUUGCAGUCACCCCCUGGAUGUCGACCUUCAAUACCGAAUGUAA